AUGGGUGGUCUUGAAGACCUUCCUCAACAAAGAAGUACAAACAAGAAGCAACAACAACAGACACAACAACAACAGUUUGUAAAGGGUGAUGAUUGCAAGGCAUCAUGUGUAGAGUUAAUACGAUAUCUUCGUCGUGACAAUGAUAACUUUAGAGAUGUCUUCCUCACAAUUGGACCAUGGAACAUCAUCAAGAACAAGCUUAUCCCACUCGUACUCACAUGCUCCGAUGACACACCUCUAGUCGUUCAACUAUUGCGUAUAUUGGUCAAGCUUACGAUGCCAAUACCACCUGAAUCGAAUGAGUUGGCGACUCAGGUACAUUACUUGUUGGAGUAUAAGGCGUCAUUCAUUAAUGAGGACUUUUUAAUGAUGUUGUUGUCUGUGAUGCGUGAGCCAAUGAUUAGAUUGUUCACAUCGGCAUCGACUACUACAACGACUGCAACCACACCCGAGGCCAAGGCCAUCAAGAAGAUUGAAGAGAUCGACUCAUCAAUCAUCGAGCUCAUCCUCUCACUCAUCAGGAACAUUCUACAAAUCCAGGAUCCAGACUCUGGCACUGGCGUCAUGGUCUCCGAGAAGGAGCAUCUCCAAGAGGAGUUCAUCCUACUCCUUGACAAGGUCAAGAUCAUGGACUUGUUCCUCACACUCUCACAGACGAUCAAGGAGAAUAGGUUGUUCCGUGCCAACUCAAUCUUCUCAUUGUUGUUGUUGGAGAUCUUUGCCAACAUCUUGAGGAAUGAACAGCCGUCUGAGGUGUUCCAAUCGGUGCAGUUUGAGCAGGGCGAUGAUAAGAUCACAGAGGACGAGCGCAAGCAACGGAUGAAGACCGACCCCUUGCUCCAGCUACAAAAGAAGGAGCGCCAGCUCAAAGCACUCAAUCACAGCGCGAGCAAUCCUUCAUUCUCCACACGCUUCAUCGGCACGUACAAGUCGCUGGACGCACGUGGCAAGGCAAACAUACACAAUCACGGCUUGCCCACAGCUGAUGGCGCCGCCAACCUCAAGCCACUCACCAUAAAUCCCAAGUCGAUGCAGGCGACGAUGGUCGCCAGCAUUCAACCCAAGGUGAUUGGUCGAGUCAAGGGCAGCGCGCAGCGUUCCAAGUCGUCAGCGCGUCUCAGACGUGUGCUCAAGGAUUGGAGCGAGCAGUUCCUCGACGGCUGCUAUAACGUGCUGAUGGAGAUCAUCGUGCUCGAGUUUGCCAAAGACAAGUCAGUCCUGGAGAUGGAUCGCCAGAACUUCAUCGCGAUCACCCACUACUUCACAGGCUUCACGCUCCAGCUGCUACAGAGCAACAACAGCAACAUCGCCAGCCUGGCGGCUGAACAACAGCAACAGCAUCAGCGCAUCAUUGGCAGCCUGUCGGCCACCCUGUCACUUUCCAACUUCAACUUUAUCUUUGCGUGCAUCGACUCGUACCUGGGCGUGCGCAACAGUCGCUACGUCAGCUACGUGUCGCUCGAGAAGACCGUGUCGACGCUGUGCGUGAUGGUCGAGCUGCUGUACUACAUGUCCGUGUCGGACAACAGCGAGUACAUCAAGGUCUCCCAGAAGAUGCAAUCAAACAUCUAUUACAAUCGCGACGUCUUUCUGAGGAAGGUGAUCGAUCUGCUCAAGCGCUACGAUCCCAAGCUGCACUCGUCCAGCAUGCUGAUCGACCUCUGCAACCUCUCCUACACCACCAUCCACAUGGUCAAGCGUUUUUGCGAGCGACAACAAGGAAUCACUGUCAAGAAGAAGGUGCAGAGGCGAUCCAAGUCUGUCCAGGACGAGCACGAUGUAGAUGGCGAGGGCGAAGGCGAGGGCGAGGACGAGGACACAGAGAUGGCAGAAGAUGCCGAGGAUGCCAAGUCAGCCGAGACGACAAUGUCAUUCUUCUCAUUCUUGCUGGACUUUGCCAACGUCAGCGUCAUCACAAACUUUUGCAACCUGCUUGGCAACUACCAUAUGAACACGGACAAGACCAAUAUGCAGCUGGUAUCAAUGAUCAAGAGUAUGAUCAGCGAGUUGGACGUCGAGCCCAUGUUCUACCGUCUCUCCAUCUUCUACAUAUUCAACAACUUUAUGAACGAUCCCAUCUUGGCCAAAGACCCCAAUGCAAUCGAGUUGCUCGAGUUGGCUCGAACUGUCGUUGGCAACUUCUUCAAGGCGGCCGAGGAGAGCCAAGGCAUGUUCCUCCAGUUGCUCGUCCAAAAGAGCGCCAGCGCAUGUAUAAAGUCUGCCAACGACAUACUCAAUGAUCCACGCGAUUCACUCAAUGAGCGCAGCAGAACAAAGAAGAGCAGUAGUGCAAAGAGGAGAGGAGGCAAAAAGGACGAAGACGAAGAACUCUCAUCAGACGGCGAGGCUCACAUGGAUAGCGAUGCAGAUGACGACAAGAUUACACAUGGCAAUAACCAGCCGGACGAGGAGGAUGAGGAGGCAGGCAAGGACACAUUCUCAUCAGACGAGGAGAUUCUUGGCAACAAGGUGGUGGGCCUGCAGUCCAAGCUAAAGGUCAACAGAUUCAAGAGAUUGGUGAAGAAGAUAUUGAAGCAUAGCGAUGGCGAUGCCAUUCUGAUGUGGAUCAAGGAUCAUCUGAUCAGUGCCACUGUGGUCAGAGGCAAGGAGACGCUCAAGGGCAAGUUCACAAGACACGUGUUCAGACCCUCCGUCCUUGAGGCCGCCUACGUCAAGAACAGACACGUCAAGAAGCUGUUCAAGGUGUUCCGAUUCAAGAGCGUCGAUGGACAUUUUACAAUCCCCGAGAGCAAGCUGUACAGUGUAUCAUAUCUGGCACAUCUGCAUCAGUUCAUUCAGGAUGUUGAGGGUGCCGUCAUGGACAAGAAAGCCCUGGCAGAGGAUGGAGAUGAAGAAGAGGAGGUGGAAGAGGAGAUCGAGGAGGAAGAGGAGGUUGUGCGAGAGGACCAGACUGCUGCGUCCGAGGAUGAAGAAAGCGAUGAGGACAGCGAGGAGCCGAGUGAUGAGGAGCCUAGGAAGAGGAACGUCAAGGCCAAGGUCAUCACUGCUCCAAAGAAAGGAGGAGCAGUAUCAUCAAAGCAAAAGACAAAGCCAAUCGUCAGCAGUGAGGAGGAGAGUGAGACAUCACCGGUGAAGGUGCCAGCAAAGGCAUCAACCAAGACAUUGACAAAGGCAACGGCAAAGCCAGCAGUGAAGGCAUCGACUAGCACUACCAAGACAAAUGGAGUUGAGAAGAAGAAGUUGCCGCCAGCAAGGACAGUAUCCAGCAACACUAGCGACGAAAGCAGUGAAGAGGAAGUCGAGGCAAGAGAGGACAUUCCCACCACCAAGCAUGUAAAUACCAAGUCAACAACUAAGAGCAAACAAUCAACCGCCACUGCUCCUGCUCCACCUCCACCAGCAGCUCAAAAACAAUCAAGACUAAAGAAGAGAAAGGAUAUGGAGGAGGAUGCUGCUCCUCCUAUUCCCGUGGAACAACUACAACCACCAAAGCCAGCUCAGAAAUUGGACAUCAAGAGACUGAGGAGUCUUGUUGAAAGUUCAAAGAAAGAGAGAGAGAGCCGCGAAGAGGCCAGAGAAGAUUGA